AUGGACCCAAAGUACAUGUCGGCCCUCUCCAGGGGGUCGCUCGACGUCAUCUUCAACGAUCCCGACAAGGCCGCCAAGCUCUUCCCCGUUCCCGUGAUGCAGUGCUUGCAGGUUAAGCAGAUGGCCCCCUCGGCCCAGGGCGGUGACCGCUACCGACUGGUCAUGAGCGACGGCGACCAUUACGUCCAGACGAUGCUCGCCACCCAGGCCAACCACGUCGUCCACGACGGCAAGCUCGAGCGAGGGUGCUUCUGUCGCGUCAAGCAGUACACGCCCAACAACCUCAAGGGAAAGAACAUCCUCGUCAUCCUCGACCUCGAAGUCGUCGAAUCGCUCGGCGUGCAGGAAAAGGUGGGCGAACCGGUCGCCGUCGAUUCCAAGCCCGCCACGGAGACGACGAUUGCCGGAAACGACUUUUACGGCGCCAAGAAGGAGGAGCCCAAGCCCCAAGCACAGCCGAUGGCCUCCCGACCUGCGACGCACGCGGGGGCCAACAUUUACCCGAUCGAGGGCCUGUCGCCCUUUGCGCACAAGUGGACCAUCAAGGCCCGCGUUUCGCUCAAGUCGGAGGUCAAGACGUGGCACAAGGCCACGGGCGAGGGCAAGCUCUUCAGCGUCAACCUCCUCGACGAGAGCGGCGAGAUCAAGGCGACGGGCUUCAACGACCAGUGCGACGCCUUCUACGACCUCCUCCAGGAGGGCUCCGUCUACUACAUCUCCAGCCCCUGCCGCGUCUCGCUGGCGAAGAAGCAGUUCACGAACCUGCCCAACGACUACGAGCUCACCUUUGAGCGCGACACGGUCAUCGAGAAGGCCGAGGACCAGACGAACGUGCCGCAGGUGCGCUUCAACUUUUGCACCAUCGAGCAGCUGCAGAACGUGGAAAAGGACAACACGGUCGACGUCAUCGGCGUCCUCAAGGAGGUCGGCGAGGUCGGCGAGAUCACAUCCAAGAAGGACGGGCGGCCGUUCCAGAAGCGAGAGCUGACCCUCGUCGACGACACGGGCUACUCGGUCCGCGUCACCGUCUGGGGCAAGACGGCCAACUCGUUCGACGCCAACCCCGAGUCCGUCGUCGCCUUCAAGGGGACCAAGGUGUCCGACUUUGGCGGCAAGAGCCUGAGCCUGCUGUCGUCGGGCACCAUGACGGUCGACCCCGACAUCCCCGACGCGCACAGGCUCAAGGGCUGGUACGACUCGGCCGGCAGGGCCGACACGUUCGCGACGCACCAGAACCUCGCCAGCAUGGGCAGCGCCACGGGCAGGAAGGACGAGGUGAAGACGAUUGGACAGGUCAAGGAGGAGAACCUCGGCGUCGACGAGCCCGCCUACUACUCCAUCAAGGCCACCAUCGUCUUCGUCAAGCAGGACAACUUUUGCUACCCCGCCUGCUCAUCCCAGGGGUGCAACAAGAAAGUGACGGACAUGGGCGACGGCACGUGGCACUGCGAAAAAUGCAGCGUCUCGCACGACAAGCCCAACUACCGCUACAUCCUGUCGCUCAACGUCGCCGAUCACACGAGCCAUCAGUGGCUCAGCUGCUUCGACGAGACGGGCAACAUGGUCUUUGGCAAGACGGCCAACGAGCUGAUGGAGCUGAAGGAGAACGACGAGGCCGCAUUUAUGGCCGCCUUUGAGGAGGUCAACUGCAAGAAGCUCGGCUUCCGGUGCAGGGCAAAGAUGGAUAAUUACGGCGACGCGCAGAGGGUACGGUAUCAGAUUAUGAGCGCGUCCUUCCUCGACUUCAAGUCCGAGGGCAACAAGCUGGCCGAGAUGAUCAAGCAGUACGACAUGGACUCAUGA